ACCGCGCACUGCGCACUCAGUCCCCACCACACCUCGUGCUCGUCCAACGCAUCAGCGCAAAAUGUCGGGAAUCGAAGACGUCGAGACUCUCCAAACCCAACCCGAACCCACACCGAAAAUCCACCCAGAAAGCGAAGAGCCACCAGAAUCCUCUACCUCACCAACCUUCAGCAAAUCCGACGAAUCAGCCGACGACUUAAUAGAGCAAGAUCUCUACCGCGGAGCUGAGGAUAUGGUUAGUCGCGCUGUCGCUGACGCUCCGCGUGAGUCGAAGGAGAGAAGUUCGGAGGGAGGAGAAGGAGGAGAGCGAGACGAUUAUCCGUCUUCGUCUUCAUAUCCACUCUUACAGUCUUGGAAUCGUCGUGUACUGUAUGUCGUCUAUUGGCGUGACUUGAAGUUGUCCGGCCAGCUGUUUGUCACUGGGCUGAUCCUCCUGCUUGCUAUGGUUCGCUACACGUUGCUCUAUGUUGUCUCCAUGGCAACACUCUCAGUAAUGAUUGUCGCGUUUGUGUGGAGAGCGGGUGUCAUGGUGAUGCAGGUACUCAAGAAAGAGCCGAUAACCAAUCCAAUGCAGUCGUAUCUUGACAUCAGCAUAGAAAUUCCUAAAGACAAGGUUGCACAUCUCGCUGAACUGUUCGCAUGCAACGUUGUGUGCCUCCUCAAGUACUACAGACGUCAGGUGUUGAUCGAUGAUAUUGUGAACUCUUUGAAGUUUGCGAUCGAGGUGUGGCUGCUGUCGUGGGUUGCGUGUUGUUUUAGUGGGUUGACAAUUUUGUUUGCAGGGUUCUUGUUCGUGUUCAGUGUGCCGGCUCUGUAUGAGAAAAAUCAGAUUCCAAUUGAUCGUCAAUUAACCAAAUUCAAACAACAGUUUGACACGACAUUUGAAAAACUACAACAGCGGUUUCCUUUUCUUGCCAAACUCAAGCAGCAGUGACAAGUCUCACCUCAGAUUGCAGACACUCAAACAUUCUUAGCGUGUUUGAUCACUGUUGACUGUUAUGGUGGUGGUCAACUAUAUUUUUGCUCAUUCCACGUCACGUGACCUGCACAUGUCACGUGAUCCAGUCACGUGAUAUAGCUUGUACUAAACGUUUCAUUGUAUUGUAAGCUCUUACGUACAUAUAGUCAAUUAAAAUGUUAUCACUUACUACUGCAGAAUACAUGCUUCUGACAAAUCAGA